UCGCUCGUGGCCGCGCCCCCAGAUCCGCCUCCCAGUCCCCAGAUCCGCCGGACAACUCCUCGCUCGCCCACCGCCCACCGCACGACCCCGCGGCGUCACAGCACGUCCUGACGUCUUUGCUUGGUGUUGUCGUCGCAGUCGUGAGGUCGCAGCAGCAUCAGCAGCCAUGGCCGCGGCGGAGGAGAACAGCUCCCUCUUCCUCAUAUUCAUCCUCACCAUGAUCGCGCUGCCGCUGGUGCCCUACACCAUCACGCGCCUCUGCCACGCCGCCACCAAGAAGGCCAAGCCCAUCCACUGCCGCUGCUCCGGGUGCCACCGCUCCGGCAAGUACCGCAAGUCGAUCUACAAGAAGAUAUCCAACUUCUCGACGUGGAGCAACCUGACCAUCCUGGUUCUCUGGAUCGUCGUGAUAUUCCUGGUUUACUACAUCAAGCUCAGCAGCCGUGAGGUGCAAGUAUUUGAGCCAUACAGCAUUCUCGGACUGGAACCCGGGGCAACAGAGUCCGAUAUCAAGAAAUCGUACAGGAGGCUUUCUAUCCUGUACCAUCCCGAUAAAAAUCCCGACCCUGAGGCCCAUACCUACUUCGUUGAAUCUAUAUCUAAGGCGUACCAGGCGUUGACUGAUCCGACAUCUCGUGAAAAUUAUGAGAAGUAUGGUCACCCAGAUGGGCGCCAGGGCUUCCAAAUGGGUAUCGCUUUGCCCAAGUUCUUACUCAAUAUGGAUGGUGCAUCUGGCGGAAUAAUGCUUCUAGGGAUAGUGGGGCUUUGCAUACUCUUCCCCUUGAUGAUAGCAGUUAUUUAUUUGUCGAGGUCAUCAAAGUAUACUGGAAAUUAUGUCAUGCACCAAACUCUGUCAACUUAUUACUACUUUAUGAAGCCAUCUCUGGCUCCAAGCAAAGUUAUGGAUGUCUUCAUCAAGGCAGCAGAGUAUAUGGAGAUGCCAGUACGCCGCAGUGAUGAUGAGCCCCUGCAGAAACUAUUCGUAGCAGUUAGAAGCGAGUUAAAUCUAGAUUUAAAGAAUAUUAGAACAGAACAAGCCAAGUUUUGGAAGCAGCAUCCAUCACUUGUAAAGAUGGAACUGUUGAUUCAGGCUCAUCUUACUCGAGAAUCAUUCGCUUUGUCACCAGCACUACUAAAGGAUUACAGGCACAUGCUUGAACUUGCACCUCGUCUUCUGGAAGAACUAGUUAAGAUUGCACUUCUACCAAGGAGUCCGCAUGGUUUUGGAUGGCUCCGGCCUGCAAUUGGUGUAGUUGAGCUUUCUCAAAGUAUCAUCCAGGCUGUUCCUCUCAGUGCUCGGAAAGCUGGUGGAGGUAAUUCAGAAGGAAUAGCACCAUUCUUGCAGCUGCCACAUUUUAGUGAGGCUACUGUCAAGAAGAUUGCUCGCAAGAAAAUCAGGGCUUUCCAAGAACUCUGUGAUAUGUCUCAAGUGGAACGUGCUGCACUGCUGACACAAGUAGCUGGCCUUUCUGAAGAAGAAGCUCAGGAUGUAGAGCUUGUACUGGAGAUGGUUCCUACUAUUGAAGUAGAUAUUAGAUGCGAGACUGAAGGAGAAGAGGGCAUACAAGAGGGUGAUGUUGUUACAAUGUAUGCUUGGGUCUCACUUCAGCGCCGCAGCGGCCUAAUUGCUGCACUUCCCCAUGCUCCUUGCUUCCCAUUCCACAGGGAAGAGAACUUCUGGCUGCUUCUAGCAGACACUGCUUCGAACGAAGUCUGGUUAUCCCAGAAGGUCAGCUUCAUGGACGAGGCUACCGCUAUAACUGCAGCAUCGAAAGCUAUACAAGAUACCCAGGAAGCAUUAGGUGCAAGUCCGAGGGAAAUAGGAGUUGCAGUUAGGGAAGCAGUUGACAGAGUGAAGAAAGGCAGUAGGUUGGUAAUGGGCAAGUUCCAAGCCCCAGCGGAGGGAAAUCACAACCUGACAUCCUUGUGCUUGUGCGACGCAUGGAUAGGCUGCGACAGCAAGACCAGCUUUAAGCUGAAGGUUCUGAAGCGGAGCCGCGCGGGAACAAGAGCCCAUGUGCCUGAAGAAGGUCCAGUGGCGGAGGAUGGCAUUGAGGAGGAAGAGGAGGAGGAGGAAGAGGAGUACGACGAUUACGAGAGCGAGUAUAGUGACGACGAGGAAGAAGAGAAGAACAAGGGAAAGGGUAAGGUUGCAAAUGGAGCAGCGCAUAAAAAGGCUGACUCUGACAUAGACUCGGGCAGUGAUGUGGAUGAGUGAUACAAAUACAUUGUAAUGUUCAAGUAAAAUAGACGCUUAACAUCAGUGUUUUUGCCCUUUGUGCACCAUGAAACUGAAAAAGUAUCUCUCAUCAACUUAUAGAGCAGGCAGUAAUAGUUGCUUACGAUUUUUAUUUAUUAUUCUUAUAUGGAUGGAACUAAUAAUUGAGAAUUGGAAUCAAAUCGGCAGAAUUUUAUCAUGCGUUCA